UUCGGUCAACCAAAAUCAGAAGACGCCUCGUUUACUGACAAAGAACUGCAGCAAAUCCUGACAUCAAGAAGCUGGAACCAACAAAUGUUUGACAUCUUUGGUAGAAAAAUGACUUGAUGGAUUUUAAAAAAUGGUUGCAGAUCAAUUUACUUUUGAAUAAUGGAUCAAUCCUUGCAGCUCUAGAUGAAUGGGUGGGAGCAGAAAAAGGGAAAAGAAUGGAAGCAGGUGAGGGGACCCCUGCCUGCUCCACAUGAUCCUCUCAUCUCAACAUCAGAAGAAUCAGUUUCACCCUGACUGAGGGGGAUAUUGUACUUCUGAAGAAAAGGUGGGGAUACGUGCUGUUUCACCUCACCUAAAAUAGAAAACCUGUUUGAGGCGUCGAGAGUUUCGUGAAUUAAGCAAUGGUCCCAAACAUGUCGGGGGCUUUGGGAACAACGGCGGACUUUCCAUGACGAGGAUGUUCUUUUUGUUUUUUUUCCCUUCCCACUUCCGAUGAGUCACGCGGCCACACCUGAAGGAGGAGCGGGUACAAAUGCACCUGCAGCAGCAUCCCUGCUUCACUCCCAGCGCAGGGCAGAGAGGCUGAGAAGCUCAGAACAGAGCAGCUGCAACAUCCGACACCGAUCCAAGUCUCUGCGGUUCCGACAUGGAGGCCCAGCGGUACCCCCUCAGCGUCCGUUUGAUCGGAGUGCUGCACAAGGAGAAGAGCAAAAUGUACAUGACCUCCGUGCUCUGGUCGGACCAGGAUGAUAUUGUGAUUUACAGAACUUUCCAGGAUUUCAAGAAAAUGCACAGACAAUUGAAGAAGGCGUUCCCACCAGCAAACAAAAUGAAAAAAUCCGACAGAGUCAUUCCAAGAUUUCGAGACAAGAAGAUGAAGCGCAGCGCCCAGAGGAAGGGCCCCAACAAGUCACUGAUGCGCCUCAAGUUUUUGCAGAAGUACUGUAAUGAGCUCCUGAGCUGCGACCCGCAGGUCUCUCAGUCUGCAGACCUCAUCCAGUUUUUCCACCCUAAAGACCAGGACCUGCAGCCGGAGUUCGCCAAGAAGGGCAUCAUGAUCAUGCCGUCAGAGGACGAGAUAGGGAGCGCUGCAGGACAGGGCGGAGGCAACGUGACCCAGCCGUUUGUCACGGAGACGUACAGAGUCGUGGCCCCCUACGAGACCAGAGACACCAAGAACAAACCUUUCAAAGUGGUGAUGGACGAUAAAGUGGACGUGCUCAUCAAAGACAAAGCAGGGUGGUGGCUGGUGGAGAACGACGACAAGCGGAUGGCCUGGUUCCCCGCCCCCUACCUGGAGAAGCUGGACGAGGAUGAGGAUGACAGUGGAGAUGACACAGAUGUGACUCCUGACAGAGGGAUGCUGUACACUGCAGUGAAGAGCUACAAGGCCACCAAAAGUGACGAGAUAAGCGUGACCAUCGGCGCAGUGGUGGAGCUCCUACAGAAAAGUGAAAACGGCUGGUGGCUCAUCAGGUACAAAGGUAAAACAGGUUACAUCCCCACCAUGUACCUGCAGCCUUACAACUACCCUCACAUCCGCAUGACCACCAGCAGUCUGGAUCCUCGCGCCCCCUCCCCGAACCUGGAGCAGCAGUCCCAGCAGUUCAGCCACUCGCACGGCAACAUGCUGCAGCUUCCGCCCGCCAGGUCGUCCUCACCCCGCCAGCUGCAACCGGACACCAAGCAGAAAUCUCGCUCUCUUAACAUCCUGCCCGAACAGGCUCCCGCUCAGCCCGCAGCAAGGACUGUGGCCUACGUUGCCGACGUAACCAACUCGCCCACGUCUCCACAGAGCCUCACUCCGCCCACAAUCAUGGUGGAGAUGGAUGGAAACGACGACGAGCGUGGCAGGAACCUGACACAGAGCAGCGAGGGAAGCUUUGACAGUGACAGCAGCGAAUUCAGCUUCAGUGAUGACCUCAGCUCCUCCUCUGCGAGCUCCAUCUUAAACCUGAGCGCCAGCGCCACUGAGGAGCCGCUGCGCCUCUGCCGCACGCCCGAGCCCAUGUCGAGCAACCGCCUGAGCCCAACAAGCGGUCAAGAGAGGAAAAUGAUCCCCAGUGUGUCUGAUCCCAACCUCUACAAGGGCCCCAGGACCCCUAAAGUGCCACCCAGACCACGCGCCCAGGAGAUCCUCACCCGGUGUACCACUAUCACCCGCAAGAACGCAGCCAGAGGUUCUCCGUCACCCACACAGAGCGAGAUACUGAGUCGAUGAGGCUUCUACUGAUACCUGCUGAGCCUCGACACUGUGGCCCAAAGAUCGAGCUCUGCCAAUAAACAACUGGUUGUGAACUUUAAAGGGUAACUUUACAGGUCCUGGGGAGUACUAUGUGAAAACAAGUUGCAUUGUGGGUAAGGUAGGUGCCAUGUUUUGAAAAGGUUGAUUUGAUUAUUUGUUAUUUGUGUAAUGAGUCCGACAGUGUUAUAGGAGUGCAGAGAGCAUUGGACCGCUUUUCAAGCCCUGUUGCCCACAAUGCAUCUGAGCCACUUAGUGACAUCACUGGAGGAGGUUUGUCAGGAUACAUGCAGCUUUCUCUCAGGCCACAAAAGAGUUUGUACAAUUUUUUUAUUUGUUACCUAAGUUGUAGUAAGACCUGUAAACACAGUAAAAUAUAAAGUUGAUGGAGUUACCCUUUAAAGAUCAACUGAAAACUAGAGAAACUAUACUCAGAAAUCUAACUGUGUGUAAAGGAUAAUCAAGAGCUAUUUAGAGGAUUUUUUUUUCCCCAGAAGUGUAACUUGUCAAACAGUCUUAUUAGUGGUUUUUGCAUUAUCUUUGAAAAGAUUGCCAGCAAGUACGCAGCAACUGUACAAUGUGCAAAAGGCCUCGUUUAGGACGUCAGCAGAACCAGUAAACACACAUGUAGAUGAUUAAUCAAGAGGGAACCAGGUCCAAACAUGCCUGACAAGUUAAAACAACUGGAUGCAAAAAAGCCAAAAGACUGGAAGUGGAAGGAUGCAGAUGAGCUGCGAGAGGUUCGGAGGGAGCUGCAUCUCACUUUCUGACUUUCUAACGAGGAACAAAAAUUGUGGACGGUCCUGAUGGACAUAAAAUACCUUCUUUUCCCAGAAUCUUUUUGCAUGGCUCCAGUGGAUCGAUGGAUAUCAAUACAAAACAAUCCCUCUAUUCUUUUCAUUGACUCAUUUUCUGUGCUUAAUUUUUUUUGCAUCUUUGUUUUCUUUUUUCUAUGUUUUGGUAAAACUAAGUAAGCUCAAGCAGAGAAAACGCAGAUGAUUGAUCAGGAUGCACCCAAACAUUCAUACCCACCUCUUUCUGCCUGUUUUUGAAUGAUCACUUAUUUUCCAUACUGGAAACCUCGUGUUGUGCCUUAUAUGCAUUCUGACUGUGCAAACAGAUCGAAUUCUUCUUGUGACUGCAGCGAGAGUAAAUGUUUGUGUGUGCGGACAGAUCUGUUUCCUGCUGAAGCGUGUUUGCAGCCGACUCGACUCGAACAAAGGGAUGUGUGUGAACGAAUGCUGAACGUGCGCCGCAGGACCUGAACAUGUAAAUUCUGGGUUUGCUCACAUGUUACUGAAGACUUUAGAACAAAAUAAAAGCGUUUUUGGGAAACUUAAAACUUCA